AUGUCGUGUUCACAUUGUGGUGAAAAUAGAAUUGAAUAUGACUCCGCGGCUGGACAUGCAUUUUGUGCUAAGUGUGGAUAUGUUGUGGAAGAGAGUAAAAUUGUUGCGGAAGUUACUUUUGGAGAAAGUGCUUCGGGAGCUGCUAUUUUACAGGGAUCGUAUGUUGGAGCGGAUCAAAGAAGAGCCAGAACUGCUGGUCCAUAUCGAAGAAAUUCGAGCUUAGACUCGAGAGAACAAACUAUUGCUAAUGGUAGACGACAAAUACAAGCUCUCGCCACUGCUUUACGUCUUUCAGAUCAUUUAAUGGAAGCAGCGCAACGAUAUUUUAACCUUGCAAUAACAAAUAAUUUCAUUCAAGGCCGAAAGACUCAACAUGUCAUAGCAGCAUGUCUUUAUAUUGUUAAUGUUUUUACACUUGGAUCUACUUUCUUAAAAUUGGUGAAUACACUUCAUCUUGUGCUUCCAUUGAUAGAUCCAUCAAUUUAUAUUUCACGAUUCGCUUCCAUGUUAGAAUUUGGAGAGGAAACAAGUAGAGUAGUUACGGACGCUUCUAGACUUUGUGCACGAAUGGGACGAGAUUGGAUGCAAACUGGUAGGCGACCAGCAGGAAUUUGUGGCGCGUGCUUGUUAAUUGCUGCUAGAAUGAAUAACUUUAGGAGAAGUGUCAAAGAAGUAAUCGCCGUAGUUAAAACUGCAGAUGUAACAAUAAAAAGAAGAAUCGAAGAAUUUAAAGAAACACCUACAGCCAAACUUUCAGUUCAAGACUUUAGGGUUGUAUGGCUUGAACAACAAAGUGAUCCUCCCGCAUUUACGAAAGCUCGCAAAGCAGAAAAAAGUAUGAUUGGUAAACGAAAUCAAAUUACUAAUGCUACAACAGCAACAACAACUACUACUGCCACAUCCGAAUCAUCAUCAAAAGGAAAAGGUGAUACUCCAAAUUGUAAUAAUGUCGAGGAACAAAUAGAAAAGGAAUUAGAAGAAGAAAUGAUUUCAUAUCUCAACGACCCAAAUUUAAAAAAAAUUAGCACAGAAUUAGAGGAAGAUGGACGAAAAAAAACACAGAAAAAACAAAAUGAGGAAUCCGAAAAUGACAAAUUAGAUGAAGAGGAUAUAGAUUCUGAUUUUGACGAUGAUGAAAUAAAGAAUGUUAUUUUGUCCGAGGAAGAAGUAAAAAUAAAAACUCAAGUAUGGAUGGAUAUGAAUCGUGAAUAUUUAGAAGAAGUUGAAGGUAAAUCGGAUGAACAUGCCGUAGCCAGUACGCCGGCUGAAGCGGCAAGAAGACUUUUUGAAGAAAGAAAUCUUUCUAAAAAGAUAAAUUUUAAAGUAUUAGAUUCAUUAUUUGAUAACAUGUCAGAUAGUAUUCCUAAUACUCCUACAUCAUGGAGAGAUUAUGAUCCUACAAGUGUCAGUGGAUCAGGUAUUGCACGUAGUGGUACACCCGCUAAAGAUUUUGAUGAAUAUACCGAAUUCGAAGAAGAUUAUAAUUCACGAGGAGAUAACAAUGACAAUGAUUAUUAUUCUAGAGAUUAUGAUGAUGAUUAUGGAUAUGAUGAAUAUAACGAAUAUGAUGAUUAG